CUUCUGGCAGGGUAUCGUUACUCCUACAGAAGCCAUAACCCCCACGAUGAAUUCGAUCCAUGGGAAACUGAAGGGAGCCACAAUUCCGAGCAGCUGUGCCGUCCAGCCCUUGAUGAAUUCGAGGGAAGAAGAAUGAUUGCUGGUGACCCUUAUCAAAACCCAGGGACCUAUGUCAUGAAAAUCGAAACAACCGUUGAACGCGUCCAUCCAUCCAUGUUCUCUGAAUCCUACAGACAACGCUCUCCCCCAAGGUAUGAGCACCGCCGGAGUUAUGGAGUAGUCAACAACCAGCGGCACGGGCCUUCGAUCCCUAGCAAUGACCGGCCGCCUGUGGUAGAGGAAUUCUUCAACAAGAUCCAGAAUGAAGUGAGCCAACCAUCUGGGUUCAGUGCUCCACGGGUCCCGCACCAGCUCAGGAUCCCCGUCUCCGCAGGUUAUUAUGGCACUACCGGCAACCAGCCGCCUGUGGUGGAGGAAUUCUCCAACAAGAUCCAGAAUGAAGUGAGCAAACCAUCUGGGUACGGUGCUCCAAGGGCUCCAUACCAGGUCAAGAUCCCUGUCUCUGCAGGUUAUUAUGGCACUACCGGCAACACUCAGGAUAGUGACCAUGAGAAGGAACGGCACAAGCCUGUCACCAAUACCAUGAAGGGCGAGGAAACUGACUGUGGUGACCUUAAAGCUGGCAAAAUUCUGAAACCACCGGUGACAACAGAAGGGGUUUAUGGGGCUAGGCCUGGUCAUCCAACAGGGCCCGUGCUACCGAGUCACCAUUUAUCAUCUGAGAGAGAGCGAACCAGCCAACCACCAUCUACGAUCAUGGCUGGACAUUGGGAGAGGCGUGUUCCCAAUAUGGAGCUCAGCAAACCGAUGAACGACAUAGACACAGCAAUGGAGUACCUCAAGAAAGUUCUGGAUCCAUCCUCUGUCAAUACCAUCACGGAUGAAGUCCCUGAUCCUGGUCACUAUAAAGGUGAUAAAAUUCCGAAACUGCCUGUAGCCACAGAAGGUGGUACUGCCGUUAGGCCUGGCCAUCCAACAGAGUCCAUUUUGCCAAAUAAUUAUACCUCGUCUGAGAGAGGAGAGAGGACCAUUCAACCACUUUCUAUGACCACGACAGGAGGUAGGGAGAGGCGUGGUCAUGUUAUGGGGCUUGAACCGAUGAAUGAAACAGGCAAGAUAAUGGAGUUCUCAAAGGAAGCUGUGAAGCCCUCGUUAGGCAGUAAAGUUCCCCAAAAAGAUUCGAUCCUUGAAACAAUCGACAGCAAGGAAGCCAGAAGGCGAUAUGGGAAUGCCAAAUCCUCACCAGAGCAGAAUUACACCACUACUAUUGACAGUCGGGAGGCUGCGAGGAGGUACAAGGGAGAGUUUGUGUGAAAUCAAGAUUUGGAUUGAUCACCUAUCCCCUUUAGCAAGUAACUUGCAUAUGCGUGCACUUGAUAAGGUGCUUACUCUAAAUAAACUGUGUUGCAAUAA